AUGCCAGUGCCAGGAACAAACUUCACUUUUGUGACUGAGUUCCUUUUUGAAGGUUUCUCCAGUUUUGGGUGGCAGCACAGGCUUAUUCUCUUUGUCAUUUUUCUAACAUUGUACAUGCUGACUCUGUCUGGUAAUGUGAUGAUUGUGACCAUUAUUCGCCUGGACCGCCGCCUUCAUACUCCCAUGUACUUUUUCCUGAGCAUGCUCUCCAUCUCUGAGACCUGCUACAUGGUGGCUAUCAUUCCUCGUAUGCUUUCUGGCCUCCUGAAUCCUCAGAAGGCUAUUUCUUUUCAAGACUGCGCCACUCAGCUCUUCUUCUAUCUUACUUUUGGCAUCAAUAGCUGCUUUCUGCUUACAGCUAUGGGGUAUGACCGCUAUGUGGCCAUCUGCAACCCCCUAAGGUAUUCAGUUAUCAUGGGCAACAGGACUUGUAUCCAGCUGGCAUCUGGGUCACUAGGGGUUGGUCUGAGCAUGGCCAUUAUUCAGGUAACAUCUGUAUUUGGCCUGCCUUUCUGUCGUGGAUUUGUCAUCUCCCACUUCUUUUGUGAUGUGAGACCCCUGCUGAAGCUGGCCUGCACAAAUACCACUGUCAAUGAGAUCAUUACCUUUGUAGUGAGUGUCUUUGUUCUUGUUCUACCAAUGGUCCUGGUCUUCUUCUCCUAUGUCCUCAUUAUCUCUACCAUCCUCAAGAUUGCUUCAGCAGAGGGCAGGAAGAAGGCCUUUGCCACCUGUGCCUCCCACCUCACAGUGGUCAUCAUCCACUAUGGCUGUGCCUCAAUUGUCUACCUCAAGCCCAAGUCCCAGAGUUCCCUGGAGCAGGACAGACUAAUCUCAGUGACGUACACUGUCAUCACCCCUCUGCUGAACCCUGUUGUGUACAGCCUGAGGAACAGGGAAGUCAAAGAAGCUCUGUGCAGAGCAUUUUGA